AUGGCGGAAGAGCACAGAUGCCAAGCACUAGAAGGUUACCGUCUCUGCGCUAACAGCUGCGGAUUCUUCUGCAGCCCGGCCACCAUGAAUCUCUGCUCCAAAUGUUACCGAGACUUUUGCCUCAAGGAGCAACAGGAGGCUUCUAUCAAAUCCAUCGUCGAAGCCUCUGUCUCUCAAUCAGUGUCGUCAUCCUCCUCCUCUUCUCUGGUGAUUGACUUCCGCUCUCUUCCUCUGCCUCCGCUGUUGACUCUGCCGGGGGUCGCCGAGGCCGAAGAUGUCCCGGCCAGUUGA